AUGAAGGAAGCAGCUAUUGAAUCCUGGAAUAAUUACAAGAAGAGAAAUGAUUCUGUGAUAGUGGACACCUUUCAUGGGUUGUUAAAAUCAACAGUACAUUGCCCAGAGUGUUCCAAAAUAUCUGUUACAUUUGAUCCUUUUUGUUAUUUAUCAUUGCCAAUGCCAAUAAAGAAGGAAAGAGUACUUGAAGUGUUUUGGAUACCUCUUACACCAGACCAAAAACCUGUACAGUUGAAAGUAUUGGUUCCUAAAAUGGGUGGCAUCAGUGAUUUGUGUGCAGCAGUAGGUGAAAUGAUGUCUUCUGAUCCAUGUAAGAUGGUGGUUACAGAUGUUUACAAUCAUAGAUUUCACAAAAUCUUCUCUCCUGGAGAAGCCCUUUCACACAUCUUGGAUAGAGAUGAUAUUUUUAUCUAUGAAGUGCCAGUAUCUCCUACUGAUAGUUCAGAUACAAUGCUAGUUCCAGUCUACAUGAGAGAAAACAGAUGCAAAAAUAAUUGUUCAUCAAAUUAUCAAACACCAUCUUGGCAGUUGUUUGGUCAGCCGAUGUUCUUGGCUCUGCCAAGCAGAACAUGCACUGCUGAAGACUUAUAUAAUGGCUUCCUUCAAAGAGUGUCACGUUAUGUACAAAUUCCAUCAAAGGAUGAGAUUUGGAAUGCUGAUGAUACUAAAAGCCUUGAUAGGGAUGACUCUGAUGAUAAAAAUGACAAUGAGGAGGAAUCUGAAAAAAAAGAAAAUGGAGAAAUGGAAAUUUCAACACCAGUGUCUUGUGCACUGUCAUCAAGCAAGGAUUUGAACUUGGAAUGUAGCAGUGAAACAUCUACUGAAGAAAUGGAAAGUAAAGGUCAAUCCAAUAAUCAACCAAAACGUUUGGUAAAGUUUACAAUGGUAAACUCUUAUGGAAGUGCAGAACUUGACUAUAAAAUCAAAGAUGAUGGAAAUCCUUUGAAAAUUAGUUAUAGGUCUUACAUAGCAGCUGAUUGGGAAUCAGUAGCCAAGAAUAAAUUUUAUUUGGAAAGGAAAGCAGAAGAAUUUGAGCAACAUAUAUCAAUGACCAUGAGGUCACAAAAGAAACAAGUUAUACAAUUAGAUAACUGCUUGGAUCUUUUUACAAAGGUGGAACAGCUUGGAGAAAAUGAUUUAUGGUAUUGUCCACAAUGCAAAAAACACCAGCCUGCCACUAAAAAGUUUGAUUUAUGGAAUCUGCCAGAAAUAUUGAUUGUUCAUUUGAAGAGAUUUUCAUACAAUCGUUUUUACAGAGAUAAAAUUGAUGCACUUGUGGAAUUUCCUGUCAGAGGACUUAAUCUGAGGAAAUAUAUAAUAAAUCCUUACCAUGGACCUGCAACAUAUGAUCUGAUAGCUGUUAGUAACCACUAUGGAGGUCUGGGUGGAGGACAUUAUACUGCUUAUGCAGAGAACAAAGAUGAUGGCGAGUGGUAUUAUUUUGAUGAUUCUAGUGUCUCUUCAUCAUCAGAGGAUGAUGUGGUUUCAAAAGCAGCAUAUGUUCUUGUGUAUCAAAGACAGACAUUAGCCCAACCAUCUGAUGAACAUUUAGUAAAAGAUGAAGCUAUGGAGACAGAAUAUACAAGCUAGCUAGGAAAAGUUCUAAUUGGAGCAAGUGGAGCUCAACCAGUUUGCAAAAAUGCAAAUGAACAAGCUCAAAAUUAAAGUGUUUACAGGAUUACUCAAGUUACAUUGCCUGAAAUUAUAACUGUCAGUUGAUUUUACCCCAAGUCGAUAACAGUAAUCAGUAUAAACUGUCAUUUUAUCAGAACAUCUUUUUUUAAAAAUCAUUCUUGCUACCACUUUGUAAUUGCAUGGUUGAUACAGACACAGCUCUUGAACAUUUAGUGUAAAAUAAAGUAUGUUUUUCCUCA